AUGACUGGAGAAUUUUAUGUUGAAAAUAAUAAAGAAGGUAUCGAAGUAGAAGGAGAUCGGGUUGAGAAAGCUGGCAUGGAACGGCCAUGUACACCGGAGGAUAAGGAAUCCAGAUUCAAGGAAUCUGAAUCUGAGGAAUGG